AUGGCAGCCCAUAGAACAUGGGCCAUGAAACGAAUUCAUAUAACCAUUUGGGCUUUUGGGCCUGAGCCUAUUGGACGGAGCUUAUGUCACCUCAAAAUCAAAAUCAAAUUGCAGCAAAUCCUAGGGCUCUGCAAUUCGAAAAUUGGGGGCAAAAAAUUGGAGGACGUUGGGAUGGAAGAAAGCAAGCAGAAGCUGGAAAUGGAGGUUGCUCCGGCACUAAUCGCAGUUCACCCGAACCAGAAUUCAAUAUCCGUUUCCGUCGGGUCGGACAUCCUGGUUUUCAGUCUCCGGGGUUUUGCGGAACUCUAUGUUGUCGAUAUACUUGGUUGUGAUUAUAAAGGCCCGGUUUUGAUGGAUAAGAAGGCUGUUCCGAUUCUUUCUCAUUAUUGUAGCACAAUUACAAGACUGGAAUUUUCUCCAGAUGGGCAAUACAUUGUUACUGCUGAUCGAGACUUUAAAAUUCGUGUGACUGUAUUUCCAAAAGAGCCCUUAAAUGGGGCUCAUGAGAUCCAAAGUUUUUGUCUUGGUCAUACCGAGUACAUUUCCUGCAUUACAUUCGUUCGGUUGUGGGACUAUACAUCUGGUUCUUUGAUUGAUACAUGUGAUGUUUGGACUAAGGCAGGGCUUUCGAAUUGUAAUAAAGAGCGAGAGGAGAUUAUGCCAGCUAUAACCGAUCUUUGUGCAACUUCCGAUGGCUCGCUCAGAGUCUUGGAUGACCUUGAGAUACCUGGGUCGAAGCCCCUUCUUCAAGAACUGCAGGGUAAAACGACGAUCAGUAAAGAAGCCUUUUUUACGGCAGCUGAAGCCGUUAAAACGGCCGUACGGAAUUUGUUGAUAAAAAAGCAAUACUUGGAAGAGAGGCGCGAGUUGAGGAAGAAAGAAAGGAGUGACAAGAAGAGUCGAAAGCUGGCUUAA